AGGAAAGGAGCAAAAGCUUGCCCUCUCUCUCCCUCUUUUUUUCACUUGCCAUUGUUAAUAUUUUCUCUGAGUUUCUUCCUUUUGGAAAAGAAGGAAAAUCGUUUCUCCAAAGCCUCCAAAAUCUCUUCUUCUUCUUCCCAUUGUUUGUGAGCAAAUCAUCUGCAGUUUCUUUAAUCUGCUUCACCAUGUUCAUCUCUUAAGCUUCAAAAUCUCUCCUCUGCUUCGCUUUUCACACAUUUUAACCUGCAUUUCUAAUCCACAACCUAAUUGACUUACAGAUGACGAAGAUAAGUCCUGACAUAGAUGAAACGAUGCUGAAAGAAUCGAUCGUGGCUGUUUCGGCUGAUGUGAGCUUUGCUUCUGACCACUUCCCAAAGUAUAAAUUAGGACCCGACAAUCAGAUCUUGGAGGAGCCAACAGGGGAUAACAAUGGACCGUCGCUCAAGGAGGUUGUUGAAAGGGAAACGACACAGUUAUCCGAGCAGCACGAGCGACUCUCGGUUCGUGACCUUGCUACUAAAUUCGAUAAGAACCUUGCCGCUGCUGCGAAAUUGGCUGAUGAGACCAAGCUUAAAGAGGCUGCUUCUUUGGAGGGGCAUGUUCUCUUGAAAAAACUUAGAGACGCCUUAGAAUCGUUGAGAGGUCGUAUGGCGGGGAGAAACAAGGAAGAUGUAGAGAAAGCCAUCUCUAUGGUUGAGGCGUUGGCAGUUAAAUUGACCCAAAACGAAGGAGAACUGAUACACGAGAAGUUCGAAGUGAAAAAACUGGCAAACUUUCUCAAGCAGGCUUCCGAAGAUGCUAAAAAGUUGGUUAGUCAAGAAAAAUCUUUUGCUUGUGUUGAAAUCGAAAGUGCUAGGGCCGUAGUACAGCGAUUUGGAGAGGCCCUUGACGAGCAAGAAAAGAAUCCUGAAAAUUCACAGAAAACUCGGGAGGUUGAGGAGCUAUUUGAGGAGGUUCAAGAGGGUAGGAGAAUUAAAUUGAUGCAUCAGCCAACCAAGGUAAUGGAUAUGGAGCACGAACUUCGUGCUCUCAGAGCUCAAAUUCGAGAGAAAUCUCUAUUCCAAGCAAAGCUUCAGAAAGAGUUGGCAAUUAACAAGAUGGCUGAGCAGAACAAAGUCCGUGUUUUCGGUUUUCAUGGUUCUGGAACUCUUGGUUCAUGCUUAAAACUCCAGCCUUGUUCUGAUCAUGCUCCGCCGCUUUCAAAAUCUAUGAUUCAGUGGUAUCGACUAUCGUCUGAUGGAAAUCGGAGGGAAAUAAUUUCAGGUGCCAACAAAACAAUGUAUGCCCCGGAACCACUUGAUGUUGGCCGAAUUUUGCAGGCCGAGAUUCUCUCGAAUGGCCGAAAAAUAUCGGCGACAACUGCCAAACCUAUCGAGUCUGCUGCAGGUUUGGGAAGCUACGUCGAGACGCUUUUGCGGAAAUCGAGCAGUGAAUUUAAUGUAGUCGUUUCUCAAAUCAACGGACAAGAUCAUCCGUCACGCUCGACUCACACAUUCAAUAUCGGAAAGAUGAGGAUCAAGCUCUGUAGAGGAUGGAUCACAAAGGCCAGAGAAAAUUAUUCCACAUCAAUGCUGCUAUGCGGAGCUAGAGGCGACGCUAACGCGCCGGCCAAGUCAUUGUUCUGGCAACCGAGGAAAGGGCUCUCUUAUGUAUUAACAUUCGAAUCAGAUAAAGAACGAAACGCAGCUAUCAUGGUUGCACGGAAGCACGCUCUCGAUUGCAACGUGAUGCUGGGGGGACCAGAUGAUGAAAUGUAGAAGUAAAAAAGAACAAAAAA